AUGGACACACGCAUCAUGUCUCCGUCGUCGCGGUUCCGGAAUCUUGUCAACACUCAGGCCUCUUCCCACGAAGUGGGGAAGAGAUCCUCCUUGUACGCUUCGCUGCUUGACUCUCCCCCAGUUUCCUUUCUUCCGGGCGGCUCAGCUGUCGCGGAACGGGAUGUCGAGGACGAGUCGUGGCAGGAUCCUGCUGGCUCUUUUUCUCGCGGCGCCAAGACCAUCGACAGAGCGUGUGCGUUUACCCGACUUCGCGAAUUCACGUCUCUGAGAGAUCCGCUCGGAUUUUUCAACCAUGCGAAGAAACGGCACGGACAAGGCAAGGCCGGAGGCCGGUUGCCCUCCGUGCUCUGCAUCACUGCACUCUGUCGUGAGAGAUUUCUUUUGUUCUUUUGUUCAACACCCGGGGUGGUCAAGUCUCGUCCUGUUUACUCUUCACAACUGUUCGCCGGUUGGUCCUGCUGGCUCUUCACGGGAAAGUGGAAAUGCGCCGUUCUCCGUUGUCCGUUCCGUUCAGGAGUGAUGGUGAUGCCUCUGCGCAAAAUGAAAUCGUUGCGCCAGAUUGGCUGGGAGAGAAACAGCAUCACCGUUCCAGAUUUGCAAGCGCAUCUUGUUGCCUCUCUGCGUCAGCAAGAAGGCCUUUCCAAACGUGACGGGAACUUCUCGGGGCCUUCCGAUGGAGACGACAUCAGCAUUCAUGACUACAUGAAUGCACAGUACUACACGGAAAUUUAUGUGGGGUCUCCGGGCCAGAAGGUGCGCGUCGUCGUCGACACAGGCAGCAGCGAUCUGUGGGUCUGCAGUGCGUCUUGUGGGAUGCUGUGCAUGCUGCACAAGACCUACAACCACGGGAAAUCGGAAACUUACCAAGAAGACGGGACGCCGUACCACGUUGAGUAUGCAUCGGGCCCCGUUGGAGGCUUCCUCUCUGUCGACGACGUCGCGCUGGCGUCCCUCCGAGCAGCAAAGUUUCUGCUAGCCGAGGCUGUUGACCUGAAGGGUCUGGGCACAGCCUUCUUCUUCGGGAAAUUCGACGGCAUCCUGGGAAUGGGCUUUCCCGCGUUGGCCACGAACGGCCUGAAGCCGUUUAUGCAGGUGGCGGUCGAGCAGAAUGUUGUUAAAAACUGGAUCUUCGCCUUUUAUCUCGGUUCGGCGAACGGCGUGGACGGAGAGCUGGCCAUUGGCGGAGUCGACGAAGAGCGCUUCAUCGGCGACAUCAACUUCUCCAAGGUUGUCGAUUCGCGUUACUGGAUGAUCGACACAAAGGGCCUGAAGAGUAACGGAGACCUUGUUGCGCCGACCACGAAGAUGAUCAUCGACAGCGGCACUUCUCUGAUUGCAGGCCCUCUGGACGAAGUGAAGCGCAUCGCCAACAUGAUGGGAGCUUUCGCGGUUCCCCUGAUGCCCGAGGGCACGUUCUUCAUUUCAUGCGAUAAGGAAAAAGUCCUCCGAGAUCUGCAGCUCGAGGUCGAGGGGCAAGACUACCCCAUAAAAAUCAAGGAUCUCCUCAUUCCCGUUAGCACGGCCCCGGGAGCGCCUUGCCUCUUUGGAAUGAUGGGGCUGAAAGCCUUGGAGGGCGAUGCCUCGACACCCAAAGGCGUCAAGGGAUUCCCGACCCCUCGACUGCUUGCCUCAGAAAAGGGACCGAUUGGCCGUACUUGGAUCUUGGGAGACCUUUUCAUGCGCAACGUGUACACAGUGUUCGACUACGACAACAAACAGAUUGGGUUUGCGAGACUCAGGAACUGA